AUUGCGAAAUAAUACGCACGUGUCACCUAGCCUCCUUUACUGCUGUUUAUAUUCUGUCACUGAUUACAGCUGUUUUGUCGAGAUAAGAAAGUGAACUAUACGAUUAUUUGCAGUUUGAAUUAAAAUAUAUAAUUUGCAAUAUUUCCUUAAUAGAAUGCCUUACUAUGCAGUUGCCAAAGGUCGAAAACCUGGAAUUUAUUCUACAUGGGAUGAAUGCAGUACUCAAGUUUUUAAAUUUCCUGGAUCCAUAUAAAAAUUUGCUACAGAAAGUGAGGCUCAAAAAUUUAUAAAGGAACGUUCCUCCACAACUGUAGGAACAAGUUUGACCAAAAAUUCUACCUUGUCGAAAAUUGGCAAAUCUAUAGAAUCGCAAAUUCUACCAAAACAAGUAUUUCCACUUGGGAACAAACAGUCUGCAAUGGUUCAGGCAAAAUUAUUGUCAUCGCAAUCAAAAAGAACUUUAUCAAUAAAUAGUGAUACCAGUGAACAACCAAAGAAAAAAAGGAAAAUUACAUUAGAUAAUCCUGACUUUACUUCAAUUCAAUCUUCUGAUCAGGAUAGCAAAGUAGAUUUUAUCAUGGACAAAGAUGGCUAUGUGAAUGUCUUCACGGAUGGUGCAUGUAGUUCGAAUGGACGCAAAAACGCACGAGCUGGUAUCGGCGUUUGGUUUCGAGACAAUCAUCCAUUAAAUGUAUCUCAACCAGUGGAAGGACGACCGACCAAUAACAUGGCAGAAAUCCAAGCCGUCACAGUAGCUGCAAGACAGGCUAAGAACGCAGGAAUAAAAAAGCUCAAAAUCAAUACUGAUUCCAAAUUCCUCAUCUCUUGCAUCACACAAUGGAUGCCAAGUUGGAAGAAAAGAGGAUGGAAGACAGUUGAUAAUAAACCAGUUAUAAAUAAAACGGAAUUGCUGGAAAUGGAGAAAGAAUUGGAAUCACUGACCAUUGCUUGGAAUCAUGUGAAUGGACAUGUAGGAAUUUAUGGUAAUGAAAUGGCAGACAAACUUGCGAGACAAGGCUGCUUGCUGUAUAAAUCAAAUAAAUAAAGACAAAUAUUUAAUUAAAAAUAUAAA